AUGGCAGCGGGGCCGCCGGUGGUGGCGGCGGCGGGCGGGCGGCUGUGGCAGGUGGAGGCCCCGCUGGGCCGCGGCUCGUCGGCCGCCGUCUUCCGGGCGCGCUGCCUGGGCCACCCCCGCGCCCCGCCCGCCGCCGUGAAGGAGUUUCUGCUGCCGGCCUGCGGGCCGGGAGGAGGCGGCGGCGGCGGGGGGGACUACGGCUUCCGCAAGGAGCGGGCCGCGCUGGAGGAGCUGCGGGGCCACCGCAACAUCGUUACCCUGUACGGCGUGUUUACGAGCUGCUCUUCCGUCAAAGGCCCGUCUAACUCUCUCCUCUUGGAGCUGCUGGACAUCAGCGUGUCGGAGCUCCUUGUCCAUUCCAGCCAGCAUGGCUGCUCCAUGUGGAUGACCCAGCAUUGUGCCCGGGACGUCCUGGAAGCCCUGGCGUUCCUCCACCACAAGGGCUACGUGCAUGCUGAUUUGAAGCCACGCAACAUCCUCUGGAGCGCGGAGCAGGAGUGCUUCAAGCUCAUUGACUUUGGACUCAGCUUCAAAGAAGGGAAUCAGGAUGUGAAAUAUAUUCAGACUGAUGGGUACCGGGCUCCUGAGGCAGAGCUGCAGAACUACCUGUCUCAGGCUGGACUGCAGGGCGGAACCCAGUGUACUUCUGCUGUAGAUCUCUGGAGUCUAGGGAUCGUGUUGGUAGAGAUGUUCUCAGGAAUGAAACUGAAACACAUUGUCCAGUCUUGGGAAUGGAAGGCAAAUAACGCUGCCAUUAUUGAUCACAUUUUUGUCAGCAAAAGUGUGGAAAAUUCCGCCAUCCCAGCUUAUCAUCUCCGAGACCUCCUCAAAAGCAUGCUUCACAUGGAGCAAGAGAAAAGAGCUACUGCUGCGGAGGCCUUGUGCAGUCCUUUCUUCAGCAUUCCUUUUGCUCCCCACAUUGAGGAUCUGGUGAUGCUUCCAACUCCUGUGCUGAGGUUGCUAAAUAUUUUGGACGAUGCUGCUCUUCAGAACGACAAAGAAUUUGAAGAUAUAGUGGAUGAUAUCAGAGAAGAAUGUAGCAAAUACGGGCAAAUAGUUUCCUUGUUUGCCCCAAAGGAAAAUCCAGGCAAAGGCCAAGUCUUCGUUGAGUAUGCAAACGCUGGCGAUUCCAAAGCCGCCCAACGAGCCCUGACCGGGAAGAGGUUUGACGGCAAGUUUGUUGUGGCUACCUUCUACCCACUGAGUGCCUACAAGAGGGGAUACGUUUACCAAACCGUGCUUUAGUCUGAAGCAGCGGUCAGGAGUGAGGAGCA